CAGUGAUCGUCGGACGGGCGGAGUCUGACCGUUGCUUGCAUGUUGACUUAUCAUUGCGAGUCUGCGCGAGUAUACCCUUGAUGCUCCACUCCGUAUUCAUCGCUAGACGGCCGCUGUGCACUUCGUUCGGGACUCCAAGUACCGGUUAUUCCAUCCAUUUCCCAGUAUAGCGUCCAUGCCGACCCAGACCUCUUGGCCGCAUGCCCCUUCAAGCUCUCCAAGAACCCUCACUCGCCCCCGCAUCCGCCGCGUCCUCGGCUUGGAUCCACAGCCACCGGCUGUUCUCCGACCGCAAACGCGCAGCUUUCGUCCAAGGGUGCUACGAGCUACUCGCCUCGUACACCUACCCGUACGCCGGGCCCGAGCAGCUCCGGACGUGCUGCGACUUCGUGAACCUCCUGUUCGUUCUUGACGACAUCAGCGAUGAAGAGGACGGCGCCGGCGCGCGCCGCAUCGGCGACACGUUCCUGAGCGCCCUGCGCUACCCAGCCUGGGACGACGGCUCCGCGUUGGCGAAGAUGACCAGGGAAUUCAGGUCCCGGCUGCUGCACUCCGCGGGUCCGGGCUGCGUUCGACGUUUUCUGAGAGAUUGCGAGGGCUACAUCGACGCAGUGGCUCAGGAGGCCGGAUACCGCGAGCGCGGGGUGGUCCUGGACGCGGCAUCUUACCAGGCACUACGCCGCGAGAACAGUGCGGUUCGCCCGUGCUUUGCCCUGAUCGAAUAUUGCCUGGGCGUCGACCUCCCGGACGAGGUCUUCGACGACCCGGCGUUUAUGGUGCUGUAUUGGGCUACCGCGGAUAUGGUAAACUGGUCGAAUGACAUCUACUCAUACAGCGUAGAGCAGGCGCAAGGCAUCGGCGGAAACAACAUCGUCACGGUGCUCAUGCAUGAGCAGGACGCGGACGUACAGGCGUCCGUCAAUCUUGCGGGCGACCUUUUCGACGCCCUCAUGGAUCGUUUCUUGGAAGCUCGAGACCAGCUGCCGAGCUGGGGCUCUGACGUGGACGAGGCGGUCCGAAUGUACGUGAAGGGGCUGGAGCACUGGACCAUCGGCAACCUCGAGUGGAGCUUCGAUACGCAGCGCUACUUCGGACCGCUGCACGCAGAAAUCCAGAGGACCCGUGUCGUGCCCAUCCGCGCCCAUGAAGAGUUCGAGACGGAUUAA